CUGCGGAUGCUACAAAACGCUUUCUAUCCUUUUCGUCUUUCAGUGCUAACUUCACUCUAGUUUCGGAACCGUCUAGCCGGACUGAAAUAUGGCUCAAUUGUCACAAUUGUUUUCUCUUGCUUUGCAAAAUGUUCGGCAAACUCUAUCGUCUAAUAUAAAUGAUAUGGUUAAGGUAUGUGUCAGAAAUGCCUCGAAGAAAGGUGGCACUAGUACCAGAAAUCGAGGUGGUCAUCCCAGACCGAAGCACAGAGGACCCAGAGUAACGGACGGGGACACGGUACACGCAGGCAAGAUGUUAGUCAAACAGCACAAAACCAGGUUUCAUCCGGGUCUCAAUGUUGGUUUUGGACGAAACGGAACUUUAUAUGCCUUGGAAGAGGGCAAAGUAAUAGUGACUUGUGAAAAAAUUAAUCCUAAUUGGGACCAUAGUUGGAUUAAACAAAAUUACGCGGAACGGAAAAGUCAAACUAUAUAUAAGAAACACUUUAAUGUUAUCCCCAUGCCUCAACAUAAACGAUUUAAAUUGAUUGAAAAAUUGUAAAAUAUGUAUUUUAUGUAGAAAGUGUAUAAAAACUUUCUUUUUUCUUUGAAA